UGACGCAGCCGGAGUUCCGGCUUCGGCCUCCGCCGCUGCCUCCGCCAGUACUGCCGCCGCUGCCGCCGCCGCCGCCGCUACCGCCGCUUGUUGUUCCUAAAAUGGCGCCUCUGGAUCUGGACAAGUAUGUGGAAAUAGCGCGGCUGUGCAAGUACCUUCCAGAGAACGACCUGAAGCGGCUAUGUGAUUAUGUCUGUGACCUUCUGUUGGAAGAGUCAAAUGUUCAGCCAGUAUCAACACCAGUAACAGUAUGUGGGGACAUACACGGACAGUUUUAUGAUCUUUGUGAACUAUUCAGAACUGGAGGUCAGGUUCCUGACACCAACUACAUAUUUAUGGUAUGUAAACACUGGGAGUAUCAAAUUCUUACUAAAAUCAUAGAACACUUCUGUUUCUUCAUAGAUGAGUGCCAAACCAAAUAUGGAAAUGCUAAUGCCUGGAGAUACUGUACCAAAGUUUUUGACAUGCUCACAGUAGCAGCUUUGAUAGAUGAGCAGAUUUUGUGUGUUCAUGGUGGCUUAUCUCCUGAUAUUAAAACACUGGAUCAAAUUCGAACCAUUGAACGGAAUCAAGAAAUCCCUCACAAAGGAGCAUUUUGUGACUUGGUCUGGUCAGAUCCUGAAGAUGUGGAUACUUGGGCAAUCAGUCCCCGAGGAGCAGGUUGGCUCUUUGGAGCAAAGGUCACAAAUGAGUUUGUUCAUAUCAACAACUUGAAGCUCAUCUGCAGAGCACAUCAGCUUGUACACGAAGGCUAUAAAUUUAUGUUUGACGAGAAGCUGGUCACAGUGUGGUCUGCUCCUAACUACUGCUAUCGCUGUGGGAAUAUUGCUUCCAUCAUGGUCUUCAAAGAUGUCAAUACAAGAGAACCAAAGUUAUUCCGGGCAGUUCCAGAUUCAGAACGUGUUAUUCCUCCCAGAACGACGACGCCGUAUUUCCUUUGAGGCCUUCGCCCCUCCUGCUGACCCAUUUUUCUGCCCUCUUUUUACCCCACUUUUCUUGUAUUACCCUCUACAAUAUACUUUUUAUUGAGCACUUUGCUGCUGAAAUGCUGCCUCUUGCCUUUUUUUAAAUUUUAAAUUAUCUAAAUUUAUUAUUUGUUAUGGUGUCUAUAGCAAUGUUUUUCUAUCAGUUUUGUCACUCAUCCCAUCCCCAUCUUGGACUCAUUUGAGAAGACUUGAGAAAUGUCUUAAUACUCACACUGCUGCAUGUAGCUCUUGCUUAUUUACUGAUCUGGGGAGACAGGAUGUGUUUCCUUUUUUAAAAAAGCCAAUUAACAACAUUGAAUACUCUUCCUUUUGUAUCAUUCAGCCUUUCCUUUUAGUUUGGUAAGUUUCAAGAAAUUUCAGCAGCAAAGUUGUUAUUCAGUGGGCACGAUGGACUGCAGAUGCCUCAAGUUAUGUAUACCUGACCCAGCUGUAAACUUCAUUGUCCUUUGUUGGAUGAUAUUUUAAAAGGAUAUAAAAUAAAUUGGUCUAAAGGGCUGCCCUCUUUGUUGUGUUUUUAAAUUUUAGUUGAAAACUGCUACAGCUUAUGACUUUGUACAUUAAGAUAAUUGUAUUGAUCUUUUUUCAGAUUCUUGUAUUUUUUAAUAAAGUAAUCUUAAAACCCA